CCCAAACUUUUCUUACCUUCUGUGAAAGUCAUGAGCAGUCCCAGUGUGACUGGACGGAGACGGGCCACAAGGGCGGUGAGGAGCAGGGAGGAGGGAACCAGCCUGAUCUCCACCUGCUUGAAUCGUUCACUGAGCGGCUGAGAGGUUUUCAUCUGAAGCUGUGUGUGAAUAAUAAAGACUCCAGUCCUGAAACAUGACUCAGUCGGUGCAGGUUAACCCGAAGCUGCCGGACCUGGGCUCUCCGUUCCUCUACCCCAGUCAGGAGGAGGCUGAUCAGCCCGCUUCUUACUCCGUCCAGACUCCGUACGGUUUUCAACUCGACUUGGACUUUCUCAAAUAUGUGGAAGAGAUAGAAAGUGGGCACAACGUCCGCCGGGCAGCUGUCGGCCCCCGACGUUCCGGACGGGGAACCAAACUCUCCCAGAGGAGUCCUGGUGUGGGGGGGCGCACCAGCGGCUGGACGUCCACCGAGUCUCUUGCAUCUCCGGGGAGCGAGGAUGGCAGAGUUCCGCCUCCGCCUCCACCACGCAACCGACUCGGCUCGGCGCCCUGUGAGGGACUGUCUCUGUCUCCUGUGACCCUCAUCACUGUCCCUCCACUGUCUGCGGGGACUAAAGUGCCCCCCCCUCCACCUCAACGCAACCCCCGCGUGGAGCGAACCCUCCUGGAGACCAGUCGGCGGCUGCAGCAGGAGCAGAGCCAUCAGCAGCAGAACGGAGGGCGCUUCCAGCUGGGAGACCCUCCCAAACACAUCCUACCAUCUCCGUCCACUCAGCCGGUGCCCAGCAGUUGGAUUAAACCCAGUCCUCAGACCUCUGGGCGCAGUACGCCCGCCACCACCGUGACUCCAGUCCCACCCAGUCAGCUACAGACGGUUAGGGAGCAGAUGGCCACGGCUUUGAAACAGCUGAAGGAGAUGGAAGAACGGGUAAAGGGCGUUCCUGCACUCGAGAAAGAGGUGGCCAAGCUCCGUGCAGAGAAAGACAUGCUCCUGUUGGAACUGCAGGAGAAGAAAGUGGUGAUGGAGGCAACAAAGCAGCAGCAGCAGCCGCCGAAGUCUGCAGAGUCAUCCACCCAAACUACAGAGAUCACUGUAAACAACGGUGAAGAAAGCAACCAGAGUCGAGUAACUUCCCCAACCUCACCUGGUCCGAAAAUUGGAAAAUCUGCAGAGCUGAAAAGGCUGACUGAGAAGUUUGAGAGUAAGGAUGUGAAAGCAACAGAACCGUCCGCUAAAGUUCUCGUCAAAGCUGCAGAGAAAGUUCCACCUGUUGAAAAGAAGUCGGUGGGCGUUGGCGACGACAAACCAAUGGACUCAGUUGUUUUCUACCACAGUCAGGGGGUGAAAGAUGCCUCGGUUUGCACCCAGGUGAACGUUUGUGAGAGGGGCACUGGAACAGAAGCCCGUCCCAUAUGUGAGGAGGGGGUCCAGGCUGGAGUGGAGACCAGCGAGGUUGGGAUUUGGGUGAUGGAGUCGCUGCUCGGGCUGACCAGCGAGGCACAGCGGGAAAUAGACACCUUACAAGACACCGUUAAAUUCCAGCAGGAGUCCAUCGUGGCCCUGGAGGACCGGCUGAACGUGGCCAACAGUGACCUGGGGAGCCUCCGAGCCCAGAUGGAGGAGAAAACAACCAAAGUCACGUUUGACAAAGAGGUCCUCGCAAAACCAGAAACCGUGAAUGUCCAGAUUGAGACGUGGAGUCCCGUGUUAAAGGAUGCUGGCGUUUUGUGCUGUCCAGAGGUGAACGAUGCAUGUGUAGGUGAGGGUUUGAUCCAGACUGAACAGGGAACCCAGACCGAUGCUGUAGAGGAGCCGGAAAAACCAGCUCCUGUAGCUGUGGUCAGCACUGGGUGUCAAUGGGAGAAUGUGUGUGAGGAAAAGACUGAGGAGCAGAAGGUUACAGCGCCCAAAAAAAGACAGCUGACCAUCGCUGAAUACAAGGUUUCACCAGAAGAAGAGGUGGUCGGUGCAGCUGAGAAGAAAGAUGAAGAACAGGAAGAGACGAGUGCUCCAAGUAAGACCGGUAUGCUGAAAUCAAUUAUGAAGAGGAAGGAUGGGAGUAACUCAGAGAAUCGCUCUGCUGGCAAGAAAAGUCUGCAGUUUGUUGGGAUUCUGAACGGAGGAUACGAAUCAACAUCCAGUGAAGAAGAAGAAGAGGAGGAGGAGGAGGAAGAUGGGAGUUCUUCUGAGGAGAGUGGAGAAGGAGAAUGUUUGGACAGCACUGAGGAGGAUGAAGCAGCUCUGGAAGAAGAAACAUCUGAUGAGGAGAGAAACAUCAACCUGGAUGAGAGCGACACUGACGAGGAGGCGCUGAGAACCACAAGUUAUUCAUCUGAUGACGUCAAAGAGAAAUUUGAGUUGAGCUCAAAAAUGCGUGAAGCCUGCCUCAUUCUGAAGAACCACCUGAACGAUGACGUCAAAACACUGAAGAGUAAGGAAGUGCUGUCCAGCACUCACACUGUGCAGCUGGAGUGGUUCCGCAUCUCCAGUGCCAAGAUGGCUCAGCCGUCCCGAGUGUCCGACUACCUGAUGGCGUUCUCUGAAGUGUCCGCGAUGCUUCUCCAACACGUAGUCAACAUGACCGAUGGAAAUGGAAACACAGCCCUCCACUACAGCGUCUCACACUCCAACUUCGGCGUAGUGGGGCUGCUGCUGGACACAGGUGUGUGCUGUGUGGAUAAACAGAACAAGGCGGGCUACACGGCCAUCAUGUUGGCCGCCCUCUCCACUGUGAAGGAAGAGGACGACAUGGCUGUGGUGAAGAAACUCUUCAGUCACGGGAACGUCAACGCCAAGGCCAGCCAGGCGGGCCAGACGGCAUUGAUGCUCGCUGUCAGUCACGGUCGGCAGGAGAUGGUGCGGGCGCUGCUUGAGUGCGGCGCCGACGUCAAUGUGCAGGAUGACGAGGGAUCCACGGCUCUGAUGUGCGCCAGCGAACACGGACGAGCUGAGAUCGUCAAGCUGCUCCUGGAACAGCCUGGCUGCGACAUAUCCAUCAUGGAUAAUGACGGCAGCAACGCUCUGUCCAUCGCACUGGAAGCCUCUCACAACGACACAGCUGUGCUCCUUUAUGCCCACAUGAACUACGCCAAGACGCAGCCCACUGUGGGGAGUCCGAAGGCUCAGCCACGGAGUCCUCCUACUACCCAAAAGCCCUGGCCUUCAGACUGACCGGAUCAGAACCGCCGGGAGGAGGAGCAAACAUAACUGAACAACUGGAUCUGAGCUGGGAAAAGCUCCACUGGAAUCAAUUUAAAUAUAUGUAUUUAUAUAUUGCUAUAUGGUGUGUCUUGCAUUUAUAUGUCUUGUUGAUAUGAGAAUAUUAUUUUUCCAUAAAAGUCAUGAAUAAUUAUCAUAUACUUGACUAAUAUGAGUUCUAAGCAUUUCUCUUUAAGGUCUCCAGUUUUUCCUCUGUGACAGAAGAUGAGGCCGUACUUUUAUUAUUAUUUGCACUCCACUAAUAUAUUUAAGGGCAGUGGUGUAUGAUACAGAUACAAACCGGCACCCCGGGGUUGGCCGGUGGUCCAGACAAGCAGCAGUAUUAUUAGCUGCCCUCCACUCUUUCCUUUGUGUCCUGCCCUGGUUAACCUCUGUGAAUCUCUGUGCCUUGAUAGGCUGCACUAACAGUCUGUGCCUUGUAUGUUCCUAUAAAUAUAUAUAAUAUGUAUAUAUAUUAUAAUAAACAUAUUUACAUAAAA